CGAUAAACCCGUGUUUCAACAUCAUGCUCCUAUUCUUCAUUUCUUUCAAAAAUUUCUGCAAUCUCUCUCUCCUCUCUUGUUGCAAUGGCAGGCGGUCAAAGAAAGCGUUCCCGCACUGGCAAGAACGUUGCUUCCUCUUCGGCUCCUCCACCACCGGCGCACAAGUAUCUCGACGGGUCGUUCCUUUGGUUCAACGACCACGCAGAGGCGACGCGGUUCUCGGAGAAAUUUGAGCACCGAGAGAUUCUCCCUCCCCGAUUCUCCACCGCCCGCUUCAUUCAUGACUCCAUUCCACGUGAGGCACAGAUUAUCCUCGAACGUGGAAACUUCCUCGAUCUCCUCUACAUCAAGAAGGUCAACUAUCAACCCUUUCUUGUUCGAGCUUUCUACUCGAACUUGAAAAAGGAUGAGGACGGAGCAUUGAUCUCUAAUGUCAACGGAGUGGACAUCUAUUUGAAUGAGGAGAACAUUCAAAUCCUCACCGGGCUUCCUCGGGAUGGACAGGAUCUCGGGCUCUACGCCGGAGAAGAAGGAGCGCGGUUCAAUGAGACCGCUCUCUUGGAGGAAGUGGGCAUCCGACACUUCGUACCCACUGCCCAACAGCGGCGCCCUACGAUUGCUUCCAUGAGUCCCGUGUUUCGAUUCAUCUUUUAUGUUUUGACACGGAUUCUCAAGCCCAGGAAGUUCAAUCACACCACUCUCUCCCAGGAGGACACGAAGACAAUUCAUGCAAUGAUUCACAACGCCAAUCUCAAUUGGUGUAAAUUUGUGAUGAUCCACAUGUUCAACGCCACCUCCGACAACCGGCCGCUCCCUUAUGCUCUUCUUGUCAUGGCAAUCCUUGAUGAGUUCCACAUCAAGACGAACAUCGGGCCGAAAUGCAAAGGGACGAAGCAUUGGGUGAUUGAUGAGUCCUCUUUCCACCCGGGAACAGAUGAAGCUUCAUUCCCGCUGCCUCGUCCUCGCCGCCAACCGAGAGCUACUGCCUCGACUGCCACCACUUCAACCAAUCCGUCUCUCGCCGAGCAAAUGGCAGCGUUGACCACCACUCUCUCUCGGAUAGACACCAACGUCUCCAAAACGGCACACAAUGUCGAUAUUUUGAGUCGUGAGCUUCACGAGUAUUUUGACUUUGUCAAUUACCCUUACGCUAAAAUGGUCCCCUACGUUCCUCCACCGAAUUUCGGAGGUGAACCAAGCGGGACUCAAAAUGUUGGUAGGGACGACGCGGUGGACGUUGAAGAAGAAGAAGCAGAAGAAGAAGAAGAGGAGGAAGAAGAAGCCGAUGAUGAUAAUGAUGAUGGCGAUGGUGAUGAAGAUGGAGAUGAUGAAGAAGAAGACAUUGACGAAGAACAACUUCUCAAUGAUCUUUCCUCGGAUUUCUAAGCGCUCUAGCUCUAUUUUUCUCCUCUUCCUUAUUUAUUUGUCAUCUUUUAAUAUGCUUUCGUUAUGAACUCCUCUAUUUCCAUUAAAUAAUAAAUAAAAAUCUUUAUGGUCUUUUUGUUAAUGUCAAAAGGGGGAAGAUAAGGGCUAUGCAUAUUUUCAGGGGGAAUUUUAUUAACGGGGAAUUUUGUUUCAAAAAGAUCAAAACCCUAUGCAUAUCCCCGUCUUGUUUGCCAUUAUCAAAAAGGGGGAAAUUGUUGGAACACACUUUGUAUGUUAAACUAAAGUCGUGUUCAUUUC